GAAUCAGAUAAGAUGGUUGCCGCCGCGAAAACAUGCUCAUGGGAUUCGAUUAAUUAUUUUUGUUUGGAUAGCCUAAUGUGUUAAUUGUUAUAUUAAUAUGUAUAGAUUUUUAAAAACAACUCAAUGUAUAUCUUUCCAAAAUAUUUAUCUCUUACCAACACAAUCAUCUAUAAAUCGAUUACCGUUGUGUUCUUUUUGCAAGGUUCAACAUCGAAAUGCACCCUCAACUAUAUGGUUUAUAAAUAAAUGUUAUUUUCGAACAACAAUAAAUGAUGCUGAAGUACGUAUUAAUGUUAAAAAAAAGUCUAGAAUAAGAAGGAAAUAUGCUGAACUGCUUGAGGGUACCGUUGUUUUUAUCUACAAUCAUCUUCUUUUUAUAUAUGAGAAUUAUUUUAUUUUAUUAAUAUAUUAUAUAUUGAUUUUAGUAACGGAUCAAGUUACAAGUAAUAAGAAAGCUGCAGUGAAAAAAUUAAAUGCUGGUCAUUUAUCUUUUUUGGUCAAUCAACCAGAUCUAACUUUAGAUAAGUUACAUAAAAUAAACAAUAAUCAUCUUCAUGAGAAACAUAAUAAAAGAAAUCUAAACACAAGUAGUACUACGGAUAUAAAAAAUGAUAUAGCUAUUAUCGAAGAUCAAAUAAAUUUUUCUACUGAUAUUGAUCCGUAUGAUUUGGACACAAAUUCAAAUGAAAAGAGUACUAUUUAUGAAGAUUUCAAAGAAUCUAAUGUAUAUGAUCAUGGGUCAUUCAUUAAAAGUUCACAUAUUUCAAACACGUUUAAUACCGAAGAAUUUAUAGAAAAAAUUGAAAAUGAUAAUAAAUCUGCCUCUAAUAUAUGCAAAGAUAAAAUUAAAGAUAGAUCAUCAGAAGAUAAAUUCAACAUAAAAAAAAUGUUAAAAAAAAAUAAAACUAAAAAUAUUAAGAAGAUUAUUAAAAACUCAUGUCCAAAAAAACAUACAGAAAAUAGCUCAACGGAUAUAAUUUCACAAAUGAUACUAGCACAAAUAGAUGUUUGUUUAUCUUGUAAAAUUUUGGAACGAGUUCCAAAACUACUGAAAUAUUUCAUGAAAAAAGUUGAUCAUGAAUCACCUACAGCGAUUAGAAAUGCUUGUAAUCUCAUUCUUGAUUAUUAUUCUUCAGAUGGAAACGUAAUGAAAGUUUUAAAUGUUUAUGAUCUUAUGAUCAAUAAUUCUAUAACCCCUGAUCCACAAACUUAUGCAGCUGUUUUUGAACUAAUUGGAAAGAUGACAAAUAACAACCAUAAAGCAGACUUAUUCCACAAAAUGCAAUCCAAUAUGGUCAAUAAUGGUAUAUCGUUUGAUGAUAUUUUUAAUAAGUCAAAAUUUAAAUUAAAUCAAUCAGAAAAUAUUUUGAAAACGAUACAAUUAUUUAAACCAGAUUAUCAACCAGAAUAUAUUAAGCCUCAAAUGUCAUACAACUGUAAUCUUUUAAAGGAUAUUGAUAAACUUAAUUCACGUAAAAAUCCAGCAGAAGGUGUUUUAUCGCUUGAACAAUUACGAAAUUCUCUAAAGAUGCAAAUAGAGCAAGAAAACAAAUAUCUUCUAUCUAUAAAAAGUGUUGAAAACUUCCAUUCAGUAGAUAAUAAUAAACUUUUACAUUAUAAGGAGAAAUUAAGUGAUUUGGAAUCUUCGUGGAAAGAGAUUGCUUUGAAAGCUUUUGAAAGAAAUCUGAAGUAUUUAGAGCAACAAGAGCUAGAUUUAAAACCUCACAAAUUUGCUCUUUAUCCAUUUUUAAAAAUACUUCCGAAAGAACAAUAUGUAGAUCUUAUUCUACAAGAAAUAAGAAAUCUAUCACAAAAUUCACAGUCUUAUUCGCUAACAGUUACAUUGUUAUCUGUAAAAUUAGGACAUUUAGUUUUUAGGGAAUAUGAGAUAUUUAUGAAGGAAAAAAAUGGUAUUUUGGAUAAGUCAAUUGAUGUUUAUAAUAAGUAUUUAAACUGGUAUUCGCAAACUGAUUUUUCUGAUACUAAAGAUGCAGUAAAUGGCCGUACUGUAUGGAAUAAACUUAUAUAUGAAAAUCAGCACCAUGGCCCUUCUAUAGAUAAAGAAUGUGUAGAAUGGCCCUACCAUGUGCUUUUAAAUAUAGGAAAAUUUUUAUAUAAGAUAAUUAUUAAUGAUAUCAAAAUUAACGGAGAUAAUCAAUCAAUAAAUUCAUUAACACGCCAGAAACCAGCUUUUUAUACAGUAUUUAGAAAUAAAGGAAAAUGUCUGGUAGAGCAGGUUAAACCUCAUCCUAUUCUAUGUAAGCUGUAUAAAGAUGCACAGUCAAAUAUAUUAACAUUUGAAGCAACAUUAAUACCAUCUUUAUGUCCACCACGUCCUUGGAUAUCUAUAAAUUCUGGAGGAUAUGCAUUAUUAAAAACAAAUUUUGUGAGAACUCCAUUUUAUGCGAAAGCUAGGCAAAUUCAGUUAUUGGAGAAUAUACCUUCAAGUCAACUUUACCCAGCAUUUGAUAAUCUGAAUCAAUUAAGUUCUAUACCAUGGAAAGUUAAUACUCAGGUGCUUGAUAUCGUAAUAAAGGUAUUUCAAGAAGGAGGUUCGAUAAAAUUGGAUGUACCCCAACCACCUUCCAUUUUAUCAUCUACAGAUGAUUUAAUAGAAAAUGAAGAUCUAAAAGACGUUUGUACUUCAAAAACAAGGUUGCAGCUAAAAAAAAAGAAAGAAGAAAUGUAUUCAUUAUGGUGUGAUUGCCUUUAUAAACUAUCUCUUGCAAAUCACUUCCGAAAUCGUAUAUUUUGGUUGCCACACAAUUUGGAUUUUAGAGGAAGAGUAUAUCCUGUAGCACCACAUCUGACUCAUUUAGGAUCUGAUUUAGCACGUUCAAUCCUCAUAUUUGCUCAAGGGAAACCCUUAGGUCCUAAUGGUUUAGAUUGGUUAAAAAUUCAUACUGUGAAUUUAACUGGUUUAAAGAAACGUGAAAAUCUUAAGGAACGACUUAAAUUUGCAAAUGAAAAUAUAGAUAAAAUUAUUGAUAGUGCGGAAAAUCCCUUGACAGGUGAUAUGUGGUGGGCAGAAUCAGAUGAGCCUUGGCAAACCUUGGCAUCGUGUAUGGAAAUAGUUAAGGCUUUAAAAUCUCCAAAUGCAGAAAAAUAUAUAAGUAGCUUUCCAGUACAUCAAGAUGGAAGUUGCAAUGGUCUCCAACAUUAUGCUGCACUCGGACGAGAUCAAAUUGGUGCAGCAAGUGUGAAUUUACAACCUAGUGAUAAACCGCAAGAUGUUUACAGUGUUGUUGUUAAUAUGGUUGAGAAAAUACGAUCGAAAGACGCAGAAGAUGGUGUACAAAUUGCAAAAAUAUUAGAAGGAUAUCUAACUAGAAAAAUUAUUAAACAAACAGUAAUGACUACUGUUUAUGGUGUAACUAAAUAUGGUGCUAGAUUACAAAUUAUGAAACAAAUGAAAGACUUAGAGAAUUUCCCAAUGGAGCAUUGUUGGGAAGCAAGUACAUACCUAACUUACAAAACGUUUGAUAGUUUACGAACAAUGUUCGAAAGUGCAAGAACAAUUCAAGAUUGGUUCACAAAUUGUGCAUAUAUUAUUUCAACAAUAUUUGAUGAACCCAUUGAAUGGAAAACACCUUUAGGAUUUCAGGUUUUGCAACCAUAUGUUAAAUUCAAAUCCAAUAAUCAAAACCUACCCGUACUGUUAGUACAUAGUAUUGCAUUGAUUUUUAUUACAGAAUUAUUUCUGGAAGCUUUGCUUUCUAAUAUAUUUUCUUUUAUUUAUAGGAAAAUAGAUACUCUUAAACAAAGAAAUUCAUUUCCUCCAAAUUUUAUACACUCUUUGGAUUCUAGUCAUAUGAUGCUUACUAGUUUGUUUUGUGAAAGAGCUGGCAUAACAUUUAUGUCAGUGCAUGAUUGUUUUUGGACGCAUCCUUGUACUAUAGAUAUAAUGAAUAAGAUUUGUAGAGAACAAUUUGUUGCUCUCCAUUCAGAACCCAUUUUGGACGAUCUCUCAAAAUAUAUUUAUGAAAAAUAUUUACGAGAUAGCGAUACUUUAUUGAAAACGUUUACCACGAAGGAGAUAGAAUAUUUAACUCAUACUUUUAAUUCUGUACCAGAGAAAGGUUCAUUCAAUCUUAAUAACGUUUUAAAAUCUGUAUAUUUUUUUAGUUAAGUUCCUAACUAAACGUAUAUAUAUAUAUAUGUAUUACUUAUGGCUAAGUCAAAAUAUAAAAUGUACAUAAUUUAUAAUACAUUUAUACUUGUACAAUUUUCAUAUAAUUACUCAUAUAAUGUAUUAUAAUAUUAUAAUCAUUAUGAUAAGCACAU